UCCCAACUCAACUCGAAAAUCUCUAAACCCUCGCCCCCAGUCUUAAACCUCUCUAAUUUAAAAAAAAAUUUAGUUUCCUUAUUUACUUUUGAUCGAAGUUGCACUGCAAAAAUAUACUUCAUAUUUUUACUUUGGAGAAUUUCCAUUCGAUUUGCUUCAUCCAGCUUGUUUUCCAAAGGGUUUGAUUCUGCGAGAUAUCUAAUGGGCAUUUGUUGGACCCCGAGAUCAGUUUUGGCCCAUGGGUAGAUUGGUGAAAUCCCUACUCUUUUCUCGAACCCUCAUUCAGAAAUCUCAAAGUCUGAGGCAAUUUUCUUCAGCUUCCUCUUUGGUUUCAUGCUUCGAUGAUCAUUACUUCAGUCCAAAGAAAACCCAAAACCCUAAAUUUAAAAAAAGCCCUUCUCUUCUUCCCCGUGUUUCUAUUGUGGUCCACACUCUGAAUUGGAGUUUCAUAGAGAAGGUUCGAUUUCGAGAAGCAGUUAGUAGUUACGGGUUCGCUGAUUCCUUAGAGUCAUUUGCUGUUCUUAUUAGCACAUUCCAGUUAGCAGGGAUGUAUAGUGAGGUCAAUUGUCUAUUUAUGAGUAUUUUGGAUUAUUACCAGAGUAAUAUUGCCCCCUUUGGUUUGCGUGGGUUGCUCUCUGUGUUAGUUCGUCUUUCGAAUGGUGCCAUUUGCUUGUUGAAAGCUUACGACAUCGUUAUCCGAGUUCUAGCGGAGAACUCAAUGUUGGAAUAUGCUUUUAGGGUCUAUUCGGAGGCUAAGGCAAGUAGGCUGAGAUUUCGGGUGCCCUUGUGCAAUUUCUUGCUCAAGUGCUUGGUUGAUGGAAAUGAGGUGGAAAACGCUUGGAGUGUGUUUUGUGAUAUGAAGAGUUGCGGCCCUCCACCUAAUGUCAAUGCUUACACGAUUAUGAUGGAUUUGUGCACAAAAGGAGAUGUUGUAGAUGUUGAUGGAGCCAGUGAGAUUCUUCUAGAAAUGGAAAGGGAUGGUGUGGAGCCAAGUGAGGUCACAUAUGCCACAUAUAUUCGUGGGCUUUGCAGAGCGGGAAAGGUGAAGUUUGCAUGGAAGUUUCUUCGAAAGUUGCGACGUCGAGGCUUGCCAUGUAAUGUAUAUUGCUACAAUGCCGUGCUAAAUGGAUUCUGCAGUGAGGAUAGAUUGCAAAAGUCACUUAAGGUUUUUAAUGAGAUGAAGGAAUCAGGAUUACCUCCUGAUGUGUACAGUUACAGUAUUUUGAUUGAUGGGUUUUGUAAGAAUGGUGAUCACUUGAAAAGCUUCAGCCUGAUUGAGGAAAUGUUGAACAAUGGAAUAAAACCUACCAUUGUCAGUUAUAGCUCGUUUUUAGAUGGUCUUUGUACAUCAGGAGAAAUGGAAAGUGCAUUGAUUUUAUUUGAGAAAAUCAGAUAUUUGGGAUAUGAGCAUGACCAAAUUGUUUAUAGCAUUUUAAUUGAUGGCUACUGUCACAAAGGGGAUAUGAUGGCUUCUCGUAUGAUUUGGGCAAUUAUUGAAAAGAAAUUUGGCCUUGAUGUCUUUAAUUAUACCAGUCUAAUUUAUGGUUACUGCCAUAUUGGAUGCCUGAGGAAAGCUAUGGUGCUUUUUAAGUACAUGAUCGACAAGGAUGUGAUCCCAAAUGUUGUCACUUGCACUGUAAUUGUUGAUGGAUUUUGCAAAAAUCAAAAUGUAUUACAAGGUUUUGAGUUCUACAAUGGGAUUCAGGAUCUAGGCAUUCUUCCUAACAUGUUUACGUAUAAUGCCAUCAUCAGUGGACUUUGUAAAGCUGGUAACUCAAAUGAGGCAUCUGAGAUUCUUGAAUCCAUGGUGAAGAGAGGAAUACCCCCUGAUGUUGUUGUUUAUAGCAUCCUAAUCGGAAAUUGUGUUAAAAAGAGAAACAUGGGGGAAGCAUUCAGCUUUUAUGCUAGAAUGUUAAAGGUGGGUAUCACACCAAACAUUUUUAUUUACACUAGCCUUAUGAGUGGAUUAUGCCGUGAUGACAAAAGGACUGAAGCUUCAUUAUUAUUUGAAGAAAUGAGGACAAAAGAGAAAAUGACUCCUGACAAGAUUUUAUAUACUUCAUUGGUUGCUUGUUAUUGCAAACGUAAAAAUAUGAAGAAAGCAUGGGAAAUGGUUGAAGAAAUGGAGAAGAGGGGCUUAACACCUGAUGUUUAUACAUACACAUGUUUGGUAGAUGGAUAUAGUAGAUUGUUUUUGAUGGAUAAUGCCUUGGAGUUGAUGGAUAAAAUGAUUGAGUUGGGAAUCACCCCCAAUGUUGUAACUUAUUCUGCUCUUAUUAAUGGUUACCGGAAAAUGGGUCACAUAGAUAAAGCACAAGAUGUCUUCAAGUUGAUGUUGGAGAAGGGUAUUUCGCCGGAUGCUCUUACAUUUUUGUCAUUAGGUUUGAAAUUUGGGGAGAGAGUUUGAAAAGUAAGAGAAAUAUUGUUAAGCAUUGGAUCUCGAUUUUCAUGCCUUCUUGAUGGAUAUGCAUGUGCUAAGCAAGAUGAUCCUGAAUGAAGAAAAGAACUUUCAUGGGCUUACAACUACUUGUGGUUCCUGCAGUACGGGACCUUGUGAUCUUGGGACAAUGCUGCUGACAGAAGGAAAUAUUGCAGUUUCAACAUCUUAAGCUGUCCAAAAAUCAGUUACGAGUGUUUCAGCCAGAUGUUUGGACGGAUAAACUACCUUAAAGAUAUAUUGGUCGGCAGUUAUCUUGAUUCACAGUGGUACUACAGCAUCCAAGGAUUGAUUGCGAUGCUUGAUGAAAAUGAUCAUGAGGAGAAAGGAGGCGUAAAAUUUUAUGGCGCAGGAGACUGGUGCUGGGAACAAUUUAAGAACUGUAACUGCCAAGAAUACAGAUAGUUUGAUUUUAACUGGUCGGCAAGUGCAUUUUACUGCAAGUAGUACAAUGUAGAUACUUAGUAAAAUGCAAUUCUUCAACAGGGACUACAGUGGUCCAGAAUGUAAAAUUUACAGUUACUUAUUGUAUUAAGUAUCAAAUGCUAUUUGAAAUAUGUUUGUUUAAUUGAAUGGUAUGAUUAAAUAAUAGACAUCAGCUGAUCUCCAGGUUUAGACUUCAAUUCUAGCU